AUGUUUUUCAUCAAUGAAUGUCGCUUCCCGCAUUACCAACGAUCGAUACUACUAACAAUGGCACGCAGACGGAAAAAGGAAGGACGACCACGCCGCCAGAGGACAACGUUCAGCAGUGAGCAGACACUCCGACUCGAAGUUGAGUUCCAUAGAAACGAGUACAUCUCCCGGGGCAGACGUUUCGAGCUGGCCGAGAUUUUGAAACUGUCAGAGACGCAGAUAAAAAUCUGGUUUCAAAAUCGUCGAGCGAAGGACAAAAGAAUAGAAAAAGCCCAGAUUGACCAACAGUACAGAGCCUUCGCCGCAGUAAACGGAUUGUUUAGCCCAUUCAAUGCACAUUAUCCACAAGUGAUUACUUCGAGUAUGACGACGAUAUCAGCAACCGCGAGCCACCACUCCAAUUCGAUGUAUGAUCAGUUGAAUGCCGCACCUGUAGGUGACCCGAGGCUUCCAAAGUAGUUGCUCGAAAAGAAAAACCAACAUCACUAACUAGUCCUAUUUGAUCAUGUUUUUUAAAUAA